AUGGCAGAAUUGAUUUAUUUUGACAUUAAUCUUAAAUAUAGAAACAAGAAACAAGUACACAUCUUAAGGAAGGUUCCUACAAUAGAAAUAUCUUCAUAUGAUUCUAACACCUAAGUAAAUGUAUAAUCUAAUUCCAGGUAUGGAAAUUAAGGAUAAUGAAAUAAAGGAGUGAUAGUAAAAUAUUUAAAUGAAAUAAGGUAGAAAAUUGAAGAAUUCAUACUUGUUGAACAAUCAUUAAUAAGUGAUUGUAAAACCGCACAAAUACUUACCUCUUUUGAGUCAUUCUAGAGUUGGCUGA